AUGCCCCGUCCUAUCGUUAUUUCUGGUCCAAGUGGUACUGGUAAGUCCACUCUUUUGAAGAAAUUAUUUGCUGAGUUCCCAGACAAAUUUGGCUUCUCUGUGUCUUCGACCACCAGACAACCUCGUGCCGGUGAAAUCGAUGGCAAAGAUUACAAUUUCAGUUCUGUCGAACAAUUCCAAGGGAUGAUUGCGGACAAGAAGUUCAUCGAAUGGGCGCAAUUCAGUGGAAACUACUACGGCACAGCCAUUGAGUCUGUUGAAAAAGUGAUCGCCAGUGGUAAGACAUGUAUUCUCGACAUCGAUAUGCAGGGUGUCAAAGCUGUCAAGGCCAGCGAAUUGAAUGCGCGCUUCUUGUUUGUUGCUCCGCCAUCUGUCGAGUCGUUGAGAGAUAGACUGGUCGGCAGAGGCACCGAAACCGACGAAUCGUUAACCAAACGUCUUGCGGCAGCCACUGCCGAGUUAGAAUACGCUGAAAGCGGCGCCCAUGACAAAAUAGUUGUCAACGACGACCUUGACCGUGCCUACACGGAGAUGAAAGAAUUCAUCUUCUCAGAGGCCUGA